AGCUCGUUCUAGAGACAGCUAUAAACAAAGAAAUCUGAUGUUUCUUUUGUAGAUUCUUUUUUUUCUUCUAAAAAAAGAUCAAUGAAGAUAUGAUAUAGGAUGGUACUUAACUAUCGUAAAUGUUUUGAUAUGCUUUAACUCGCUUUAGACGCGAGUUCAAGACGACUACUGCUUGUAAUAUUACGAAGUUUCACUUUCACCGAAAACGCUUCCGCGCAGAAAAAUGAAGUUAUACUCUGUCUUUUUUCUGACUUCAGUUUGCGUAAAUGUGGUCUUUUCUAGGUCUUUCACUAUAGACUACGAGAAAAACACUUUCCUAAAAGAUGGGAAACCUUUUCGAUACAUUUCUGGAACCCUUCAUUAUUUUCAAGUGCCAUCAGAGUUCUGGUAUGACAGAUUAUACAAAAUGAAGAUGGCUGGUCUUAAUGCUGUACAAACGUAUGUUGAGUGGAGCCACCAUGAGCCUGAGCUUGGUGUAUAUAAUUUUGACGGUGACUAUAAUUUGCCCAAAUUUUUAAAAACCGCGGAUGAUUUGGGGUUGCUUGUAGUUUUUCGGGCAGGACCAUAUAUUGACGCGGAACGUGAUAUGGGUGGCUUGCCCUAUUGGCUUCUGAGAGAGCAUUCUGACAUGGAAUUGAGAAGUUCAGAUCCAAAAUAUAUCAAGUAUGUUGAUAGAUAUUUUAGCGUGUUGUUUCCACUAAUCGAACCCUUCCUAUAUAACAACGGAGGACCUAUAAUAACACUUCAGAUUGAAAACGAAUAUGGAUCUUAUGGAUGUGAUGCCGAAUACAAAUCUUAUUUAAGGGAAUUUGCUAAAAAAGCACUGAAAAACAAUGUUGUUUUGUUUACUACGGAUGGAUCUUCGAGUAAACUUCUCACCUGUGGAAAAGUUGACGAGGUUCUGUCCACUAUAGAUUUUGGAUCGGGAGUCAAUGUUACACAUAAUUUUGAAAUGCUACGAUGGACGCAAACUUCCGGACCUCUAGUCAAUUCUGAGUUCUAUCCAGGCUGGAUGGACCACUGGGGUCAACCACAUUCUACGGCCACCACCGAAGCAGUUGUAAAAACCCUCACAGAAAUGCUGAAAGCAAACGCAUCAGUCAAUAUAUACCCAUUUCAUGGUGGUACAAAUUUUGGAUUUGCAGUAGGUUCAAACCUUGGAAGUACUUUUCAACCGAUAAUAACAAGUUAUGACUUUGAUGCUCCUUUAAAUGAAGCUGGAGAUCCCACGAGCAAAUAUUAUGCAAUUCGAAAAGCCAUUGGCAAAUUCUUUCCUUUACCGCCAGGCCCAUUACCACAACCAUCUCCCAAAAUGCAGCUUCCUCCAAUAUCUAUGAAAAAGUUGAUGUCUUUAUGGGAUUUGAUAUCUAUCUCUGAUUACUCUGUGUUUUCACAAUAUCCACUGUCAUUUGAAGAUCUUUCACAUCCGUAUGGUUUUGUUCUGUACAGAACAACUGUAAACUUUCAAACGCCUGAUCCAGUGAUUUUAACUGUCAAAGGUAUCGCCGAUCGCGCCCAUGUUUACGUUAACAAGGUAUUGCAAGGAAUUCUCAGCCGAGAACAAAAAGUCGAAAGUAUUCCAGUUCAAGUUUUGAAAGGUCAAGACCUCGAAAUACUAGUUGAGAACCAAGGACGUGUUGCUUAUGGUGCCAUCCACGACAGAAAGGGAAUCUUUCAAAAUGUUACUCUCGGUUCUAAAACACUUGAAAAUUGGACAAUGAUCCCCAUCCCACUGGAUUAUGAUUCGAUGGAGAGAAUAAAUAGACUGAAAAACAAAUAUCAAAAAACUGAUUCAGUAUCAGUUCCUGCCAUAUAUUGUGGAAGAUUUAGUAUUCCAGAUAAUUCACAAAUUUUUGAUUCAUUCCUAAAGUUGGAUGGAUGGCAUAAAGGUAUUGCUUUCCUGAAUAACUUCAAUCUUGGAAAAUACUGGCCAAUAGUGGGGCCCCAAUUAACUCUUUAUGCUCCAAGUACACUGUUUCGCAAGUCACCUGCAUUAAAUAGCAUCAUGUUGCUAGAACUCCAGCAUUCUCCUUGCGGAUGCAGCGACGAAUGCACUGUUCAAUUUGUGGAGCGUCCUAUUCUUAACGGUCCAACUCCAGAAUAAACGAUUUCUUCCUACUCGCUAUGGAACAGCUCCAAAAUUAAUAACACUUUGUUAUAAUCUUUUUUACUUGAUUUUUCUACUGCAAUUUCCAGCUUUGGAUUUGAAAGGAGAGUUUUUCCUAUCAGAUAUUUCUUACAUAAACGAUUGUGAGUGUACAGAGAUGAAUUUAAAGAAGUAGGAAGAAAUCAUGUGCUUUAUGAACAAGAAUAAACAUAAUAAAAUAUA